CUGGGCCUGACUCCUUCUCUAUUUCCCCCUCUCCCUAACAGGAACCGCCAUGGCUUUCCUCCUGCUGGUGUUCUCUGCCUUUGCCCAGUUUGUCCCCACAGAUACAUUUCGUUUCUCCAGGGAAAGCUCAGAAGACCUCGAAGCUCUGCAGGUCUCGAUUGCAAGACAUCCACCCAUUCGAGCCGUGCUUUCUGGCAGCCUCACCAUCCCCUGCCACGUUACCUACCUGCGCCCCCUGCCCACAUCUGGAACCGUCGGGCGCCGUGCUGUCCAGGGGGCGCCCCGAGUGAAAUGGACCUUCCUGGCCGAGGGCAGAGAAGCGGAGAUCCUGGUCGCUCGGGGCCUGAAGGUGAAGGUGAGCGAAGGCUACCGCGACCGAGUCUCGCUGCCCUUUUACCCAGACUCGGUCACAGACGCCACCUUGGUCCUGAGUGAGCUGCGCUCCAAUGACUCGGGAGUCUACCGCUGUGAUGUCCAGCAUGGAAUCGAGGAUGGGCAUGAUGCGCUGGAGGUGAAGGUGAAAGGAGUCGUCUUUCUUUACCGAGAAGGCUCCACCCGCUAUGCUUACACUUUCGCCAAGGCCCAGGAAGCCUGUGCCCAGAUCCAAGCCCAGAUUGCAACUCCAGAGCAGCUGUACGCUGCCUACCUCAGUGGCUACGAGCAGUGUGAUGCAGGCUGGAUUGCUGACCAGACUGUCAGGUAUCCCAUACAGAACCCGCGUGAGGCCUGUUAUGGAGACAUGGAUGGGUUCCCGGGUGUUCGUAACUAUGGUGUAGUGGACCCGGAAGACAUGUAUGAUGUCUACUGCUACGCUGAAGAACUGUAUGGAGAGCUGUUUGUGGUGAGCUCCCCGGAGAAAUUCACUUGGGAGGAGGCCAAAGCACAGUGCCAGGGCCUGCGAGGGGAGAUCGCCACGACUGGCCAGCUGUACGCGGCAUGGAAUGAUGGUCUGGACCACUGCAACCCUGGAUGGCUGGCAGAUGGAAGUGUGCGCUACCCCAUCGUGACCCCCCGGGAGAAGUGUGGGGGGAAUGUUCCAGGAGUCAAAACCAUCUUCCUAUUCCGCAAUCAAACUGGAUUUCCGGAUCCCCAGAGCAAAUAUGACGUGUACUGCUUUAGAGAAGAGACAAGCCCUUUCUCUGAGUCUCCAGUCCCUGAGGCAGAGGGCAGCAAGGAGAUUGUGACUGUGACAGAAAAGAUGGAAGAGCUACGGCUGCCCAAAGCGGAGCGUGAGGUGGCGAAGGAAUCCCGAGGGGCCAUUUAUUCCAUGCCCCUUUUUCAGGACCUCCUUGAGACGCAGCAAAAGCCAAGCAGUGCGCCUGAAGAGGCAGUCCCACAAUGGCCCGAGGCAGGCCCAGGUGGCUGUGAACUAAGACCAGGCCACAGAGACGAGGAAGGGGGGGAAGGAAGAGAUGGAGCUUGCGCAGAGAGACGUGGGCAUGAAGAAGAGCCUGGGCUGGAUGCGGAGCAAGCCUUGAGCACAGAGGAAGACCAGGUGUUGGAUCCAAGUCAGCAGGGAGAAGAAGAGGAGUCGGAUGAGGAGCAGAACGUGCUUGGGCCUUCUGAGGCAACGUCAGAGGAGCCUGAGUCCACUGUGGGAGAUGUAGUGGAGAGCAGCACUGUUCAUACAUGGCCUGAAAUCUCUCCAGAUCUCAGCAGGUCUGAAGAUGUGAACAAACCCCGUGACUUCCGUGGCCCUGCAGAACCUGCCCAGGAGCAUGGAGGAGAAGGCACCAUCGAAGCUGACUCUUCUUAUAACCUGGAGGGCCAGGAGGCAAGCAGAGAGGCGGACGACUCUGACGAGCUGCACAAAGAUGUGUCGUCACCUGCCUCGGAGGCUGUUGCUGAAAGGAAGGUUUCUCCUCUAGAACAGGUGGCUCGUGAUACUAGCAUCAGCUACAGUGAUCCUGAAGGAGUUGGCAUUCCUCAUCAGGCUGAGGACAUGGGGCUGCCUGGUGCAGCUGCUGCUCCCACCACAGCUGGGCAGGCCAAGCAGUCCCCCAUGCACACAACAUCAGGGGGCAGGCUCAUUUCUGGACUCACCAGCCGCCCCUUCCCUAGUCACCCCAGCACGUCAGGGGAUGCAGAGUCUUCAGGGGCUGUGCCUCCAGGGACAGCCACACCUGUGGAGAUGACUGUGGUGUGGGAUACAGCACUCCCCAUAUCCCCAAGCACAAUGGCUGCCAGUCAGUCAGAAGAGAGCGAGGAGCAUUCUGGGUCUGUUUGGCUUCCCCCUGCUAGCACCACCAGUUUUCCCAGUUCCAGUCCUGAGGAGGUCUUGGUUGGCUCAGGACACUCAGUCAGCAUCCAUCUUCCUGAGGAGGAGCAUGAGGUUGGGCAGGCCACUGACACCCAAGACAUAAGUAGUGCCAAAGCAGGCCCAUCAGCAGAAGACUCAGACAAGGCAAGAGAAACCAGUAUGACAGCCACACUGCCAACAGGGAGCAAAGAGAGGCGUGAUGGAGAGAAGAACAUUGUCACCUCGCCCGCUGAGGGCACCUCUGGAGAACUGCCAGGCUUGGCAUUCCUGAGCACUCCAUUCAUGGAGCCCUCCUUGACCACGACCCACCCUCUGCCUGUCCUGCCCACUGAAAGCGCCAGCCUGGGAGCAGGGGGGAACAUUUCAGGUGACUGUAUGGCAGAGCCCUGUAAGAAUGGAGGCACCUGCACUGAUGAAGAAGGCCGCAUUGAGUGUCUCUGCCUACCAGGAUAUGCAGGAGAAACUUGUGAGAUUGAUCUGGAGAGGUGCCGACCCAGUUGGGAUAGCUUCCAAGGGUUUUGCUACAAGCAUUUUUCCACCCGGAGGAGCUGGGAGGAUGCUGAGACCCAGUGCAGGAAGCAUGGAGGGCACCUUGCUAAUAUCAUGACACCUGAAGAGCAGAGCUUCAUCAACAAUCAGUACAAGGAAUAUCAAUGGAUUGGCUUGAAUGACCGGACAAUUGAAGGGGAUUUCCAGUGGUCUGAUGGGAGCCCUCUGCUGUAUGAGAACUGGCACCCUGGGCAGCCGGACAGCUACUUCCUCUCUGGAGAGAACUGUGUGGUGAUUGUCUGGCAUGACGAAGGGAAGUGGAGUGACGUGCCCUGUAACUACCACCUGUCCUACACUUGCAAGAUGGGGCUAGUGUCAUGCAGCUUACCCCCUAAGGUGGCAGAUGCCCAAAUAUUUGGCAAACCAAAGCAGCGUUACGAAAUCAAUUCUGUCAUCCGGUACUGGUGUCAAGAAGGGUUUUCUCAGCACCACUCACCUGUCAUCAGGUGCCAGGAGAAUGGCCAGUGGGAGCAGCCACAAUUCACCUGUAUCCCAAGGAUAGAGCAAGACCAGGACUGAAGAUUCAUCAGAGACUGUCUUUCAUCCCAGAUUCACGAUCAAGUCAGGAGUGAUUUUGUAUGAAUCAUCAUGGAAAACCACCCUGAAAUGACAAUGGUGCCUUCUAUCCCCUUCUUUUUUUAUUACGUGUAUGUAUAUAUAAAGAAAUCCUAAUAACUAAAUAUUUCC